CUCUCUCUCUUCUUUAAAACCACUGUCAACCGAUCUCUUCUUCUAACAGCUACUCCAAUACACACCACCACCUUCAAGCUCACAGUGUUCUUGGCUUUUGGGUUUUGAGAGAGAGAGAGAGAGCAUGGCUAAGGAAGUGAGUGAAGAAACGCAGCCUACCCAUGGGAAGGACUAUGUUGAUCCACCACCAGCUCCUCUCAUUGACGUGGCUGAGCUCAAGCUCUGGUCUUUCUACCGUGCUCUUAUAGCUGAGUUCAUAGCCACUCUUCUUUUCCUCUACAUCACUGUAGCUACUGUAAUUGGCUACAAGAAACAAGCUGACCCUUGUGGCGGAGUUGGGCUUCUGGGUAUUGCAUGGGCCUUUGGUGGCAUGAUUUUUAUCCUUGUUUACUGCACUGCUGGUAUCUCUGGUGGUCAUAUUAACCCAGCGGUCACUUUUGGACUUUUCUUGGCGAGGAAGGUGUCACUGAUUAGGGCAGUGGCUUACAUGGUGGCUCAGUGCUUGGGUGCAAUCUGUGGUGUUGGGUUGGUGAAGGCAUUUAUGAAGCAUCCAUAUAAUGCUCUUGGAGGCGGUGCUAACUCCGUGGCUCAUGGUUACAACAAAGGCACCGCUUUGGGUGCUGAGAUCAUAGGCACUUUUGUGCUUGUCUACACUGUUUUCUCUGCCACUGACCCUAAGAGGAGUGCACGUGACUCUCACGUCCCUGUGUUGGCUCCACUUCCAAUUGGGUUUGCUGUGUUCGUGGUUCACUUAGCAACAAUCCCCGUCACUGGUACUGGUAUUAAUCCUGCUAGGAGCUUUGGUGCUGCAGUCAUCUACAACAAUGACAAAAUCUGGGACGACCAUUGGAUUUUCUGGGUUGGACCUUUCAUUGGAGCACUUGCAGCUGCAGCAUAUCAUCAAUACAUUCUGAGAGCAGCAGCCAUCAAGGCUUUGGGAUCUUUCCGCAGCAACCCCACCAACUAAAACAAGAACGAGAAAUCUCCACCAAGAAAAGAAAGCAAAGAAAACAAAAACAAAAAAAAAGCUUGUUCAUCUCUAGUCUUUCUUUAUUUUUAUUCUCAAUUUGUUUGUUUGUUUGUGUGUAUUAUGAGAGGAUUAUUAUGAUGAUGACUCUUUUUUUCUCA